AUGCUAGGGUUUAUGGGCGGGAUCACUUCUGAGUUGGAACAGAAACAGAAACACCUGGAUUUGACAACCGGACUCGCGAUGGCGUUCACCGCUAGUCCGGCGUCGCAGUCGCUACCCGUGAACCCCAUAUCAAGCAUGGAUGAAGGGCACUCUUCAGCCGACCGCCGCAUUCCACUUACUCCAGAUACUUCAUCUCCAGUUAUUGAUGGGACCUCAACUGGCAGCGCCUCAGACGUUCCAGCCACGCGAGGGAGCUUAUCCGAUGCAGGCGGUACUUCGUACGAGGACCAGCUACUACAGCAUUUUCAGACUAUUGACCCGCCAGCUACUCUUUUUGCGCCAGUGACCAUCGAAUGGAAGUAUAUGCGACCAGCACUACUGGCUCAAGCACGGGAUUCUAGUCCUCUUUUGAACGCUUUGUACUGCUAUGCAGAUGUCCAUAAAGCGAUGAUGGAAGGGAAAAGAUGGCGCUGGGCGCCGACUUUCUAUAGAGUGUCUGAUUCGGAGAUCCAAGCUUGUAUCCAUGGCGAGGUGACCGACUCCACACUCAUUAAAGUCCUUGGUGCUAUUUUCCUCUUAAUGAUGUCCGAGAUUCUUUCAUCUCCCGAAAUAUGCACCGGAACCUCUUAUAUUCACUCCGGGUAUCUUAUUCUACAACGAUUCCAUGACCGAACCCGACAUUGGACCGGUAUCGGCCAUCUCCUGGUGUCAUGGGUCUCGCUGCUAGAUGUCAAAUCCCUGAUUGCAGGCCGAGAUGGCGAUCCUCUCGCUGAGCUCGGCAACAUCCCAGAACAUAGUAUACCACUAAAACCACUAGAUACACAAACCCCCCAAACGCCAACAGACAACUACAAAGAAGAGGACAGCGUCGCAGACCCGUUCCGCAGCCCCAGCUACCUCGUCUACGAAUCAAUCGUAGGCCCGGCCUUCCAGUUCUUCGUACAAGCCCAACAAGUCGUCCGACGCAUAGUCUGCAUCGAUCUCCACCAUCGCAGCCGCGGAACCCUCACCGAUGAAUUUGAAGUUCUCCAGCUCGCCCACAAAGUCGGCGCAGACCUCGAAACACUCUGGCACCGACGUCCUUCUGUAAUAGACGUCUACGGACGACCAGAAGCACUGACCGAUAUCCUGAGUGCCCCUGUGGCAGUGGAAAUCUGCCGCACAUUCAGACAAUACGUGGCAAACUUCUUAGCCAACUUUAUCUACUUGCACCGCGUUGCAUUUGCAAUAUACCCCCGCACAGACCGUGUUAACGGCGCCGUCGACCAAAUCAUUCAACUGGCUACUGUUGACUCGACCGGCCCGGACCAUCUGCCUGUCAGCUUCCUGUGGCCGCUAUUCAUUGCUGGACUCGAGGGCACAGAGGAGCAGCGCAAGUGGAUUGUCCACGAGAUUCAGCGUAUGGCCGCAGCCCACGAAGCUGACUCGGCUCCUUCGACCACUCGCCACCCAACUGCUGAUAAGGUCCUGAUGCUCGUGGAGGAGAUGACUCGGCGACAGGAUGUGUCGCGCACAUGGGCAGACUCGAAAUGUGUGCGGCGGGAAUUGUUUUCGGACUUUUUCGUUAUAAUCUAA